GAAGCUCCCUUGUGCCCGCGUGUGUCACCGCCAGUCUCCAGGGACCAAGGUGGAGCUCACAACAGGUGGGGAGGGGGACUAGCCUAGGGCCAAAAAGGAGAAGGAAUCAAAGUUUCCGAGCGCAGCAGCGUCUGGGAAGGAGGGGGGCGGAAGGCGGGGGCGAGGGGAGGCGGAGGCAGUGAAUGACCGCGACCCCGCGGCAACUGGCAAACCCCUCGGCUCCCGGCGCCGCCACCUCGGUCCCCACCCGAGGCGCACGGCCGCCCGACUCGAGGCUGGCUCAGCUGAAUCCUCUCUGCGGGGCACGAAUGGAGCGCCGGGAGCUCGGGAAGGCGGCGGCGCGCAGACGAGGAACGGACGGAGAGCCUUCGGCUGCCGGGACAGCGCCAAAGGGACGCGGCGACUCGCGCACAUCUCAGGACAUAUCGAGGCUUGGGAAAUCCCCUCCACCUCCGUUCUUAAGAGGGGAGUACACCCAGAAAGUGCAUGUGAUGGAGUGGAGAGGAAUCCGCGCGCAGCGACUACCCGCAGCGCACCCUGCUCCCACUCUCACUCGCGGAGCUGGCCACGGCAGUCGCGGAUCCCUGGCAGGGAGGCUGAGUUCGCUGGGCCGAGCGCGUGAGGGGUGUGGCAGACAUCCAGGUACCGGAAAACACAGUGAAGAAAGGAGGGAAGGAGAGAAAGGGAGGAGAAGAGGGACAUGGGGAAAAGGGAAAGGUUAGUAAAAGUGUUCAGAAUACUCUAAAUGAAGGCUUCUACUCCUAAGUAUCCUUCCAAGAAGAGAAAAAUGGCUAAUGAAAAUCACAUGUUUCACAGUAAGUGGCAAAAGAAGUGUGUUCUCUGUGUUGUGAUGUGGCUCUAUGUCCAUACCAAAAACCAACAGAGGAUCUCCGUUUUUAAAGUAUGGUUUUUAAAGUAUGGGAAGUAUUUGGAACCAAAAAAAAGUUUAAAAAUAAAGUACGGUUGGCACUCGGUAUCCACUGGUUCUGAAUCCACCUAUUCAGCCCAUGGUUCAGUGGAUGCUGCCGGUUGAAUCUGUGAAUGCAGAACCAGCCCCUAUGGAGGAUGUACUGGAAGGGACUUGAGCCUCAACCUAUUUGGGUAUCUGAGCAAGGUCCUGGAACCAGUCUCCUCAGAUACUGAGGGACCCCUUUAUACAACACGAUCAGGCAUUCUGAAACAAACCACAUUUGAUAACUGAAUGGCUUGAAAAGCUAGUCAAGCAAUGGUAAAAGAUCCCAGCUUUCAAAGGGGCUUCCCCAAUGCCAAAACUUGUUAAGAGGCUCAGCAUUCAAACUAGAAACAAUAGUGCAUUUUCUGAGGUUUGAUCACAGAGAGGCUUUAGUUACAGAGAUUGCAUUUCCUGUUUUCUUUUAAGGGUAUACUUCAAUAAAUGUAAAUAAACAUGGCCUGUAAAUAUUUUUUUUUUUUUUAAAUUGGUGCUUGUGAAAGAAGUUGUUGAUAUGCACAAUGAAGUAUUUGGCCAAGUACCUCCACUCCAAAAAGCUGUUCUGAUCCCUUAAGCCAUGAACAUUCAGAGUGCAACAUGUUGAUAAAUGGAGAUUCUUAAAAGGAGUAUGAGCAGCUUUAUCCUACCUGCCACAGGUACAAGAACAAUCUACAGCCUUGCUAUGCAAAAUGAGAUGUGCUGGCCUGCAGCAUGGGCACUGCACCUGACAAUGUGUUGAAAAGGCAGACUUAGGGACUUCCCUGGUGGCCCAGCAGCUAAAACUCCAUGCUCCCAAUGCAGGAGGCCCAGGUUCAAUCCCUGGUCAGGGAACUACAUGUCACAACUGAAGAUCCCCAUGCUGCAACUAAGACCUGGUGCAGCCAAAUAAGUACAUAAAUGUUUUUGUUUUUAAGAAGGCAGAAUCACAGCCCAGUCCCUAGACCUACUGCAUGUUAACAAAGCUGGCCAGGUAUACAUCUCACACUCAAGUUUGAGAAACACAAAUCUGCACUCCACAUUGCCUCUUACAAAACAGGCACCAUCUCAACAACUUUAACACCUUCAACUACUUGACAGAUAGUUCUGUAAGCUGUCCGCCAUACCUGGUUCUCCAAGCUAGCAUCUUUUGUAAACUUUGUUGGGUUCUUGUGUUUCAACCACUUGCAAAGUUAAGCCAGUAAAUCACCUAUGUAAACCAUGAUUAAUUCCUCUGACAUUAAUAGCAGGAUGACUUCUCUCUUCUGUUACCCCAAAGAGACUGCUAAUUGCCCUCCAAUUGUUUACCUUUGUAUUGUUUUAUGAGUGCUCAGAGAAAGAUGGAAGAUAUUCCCUACCAGGCCAGAAACAAAUGCCAGACAGGUUUUGGGAAGGCUGAACACAUGCUAUGACUACACCUUGUUAGUAGAAGGGCUUUGCUUUCUUGGUUUUGUUUUCUUUUUUAUGGAAAGGAUGACGCCUCCAUAAUUACAGGUGUUGCUGUUCAAAACCCAGAAUAUUUUCCAAAGCACUGAGGGGGCCACACCUCCAGUGGCCCAUGAGCCAUCCUGGUUGGAUUCUUUUUCCACUUCUCUACAAUUUUUAAAGAUACAUGCAAGCACCGCUAGAUUUACAUUAAGUAUAAUGAGAGGAGGGGGGACCCCAUGCAAGUAUCUUUACUUCUGAAUAAACAUGAAGGAAUCAUAGGCAAAUCUCACAGCUGAUAGUUAAUUUGUAUCUGUGAAGUUCUCAGACUGUAGUCACCUCUGAUUCCUAACAACAGGUUACUUUUGUAAACCUCCCCCCACAAAAAAAAAAAAAAAUUAAAACUGUUGUUUUUAUACUA